GGUUUUCCAGAGCUCUCAGUGCCGGCUCGGCUCUGGCGCUAUGGGUACCUGGCGGGCCGCACUCCCGGCCCAGCCGGGCUGACCUUCCAUCCCCUGUCCCCUGCCUCUGGGGCCUAGGAAGCCCCUUCUUCUUUCCCUUGGAUGCACCCCUACCCAAGACUCUGGACACCUGGGGUUCUGCACUGUGGCUGGCUCGAGGAGCCAUCUGGUGACAGCCUCUGGCUGAGCAUGGCCCUCCUAGCCCCGGGCCCCGACCCCUGGAGCCUCCCGGGCCUUUUCCUCUUCUGGCUGUUUCUGCUGCCACGGCUGCUGACCGCGGGGGCCGCUGGGCAGGGGCCCCUACCCAGGGUCAUCUACCAUGCAGGGGACGGACGCAGGGUUCUCAGCCUCUUCCACCAGAAGGGCCUCCAGGAUUUCGACACUCUGCUUUUGAGUGGUGAUGGAGGCACUCUCUACGUGGGGGCUCGGGAGGCCAUUCUGGCCUUGAACAUCCAGGAUCCAGGGACGCCAAAGCUGAAGAACAUGAUACCCUGGCCGGCCAGUGACCAAAAAAAGAGAGAAUGUGCCUUUAAGAAGAAGAGUAAUGAGGUAAGCCGAAGUGGGGGUGCAGGGGCUCUGGGCAGAGCCCCCAGACCGCCACCGGAAGACCUCAGGUGGGACAGGCAGCGGAGGAUGCUUGUUUCCACUAGGACGCCUGCAUCACCCUCUGUGAAAACGUACCGAGACUGCGUCGGGGGUGCCCCGUCCUCUCCCCCCCAGCAAGGGAGGGGCAGCCUGAAUUCUCUGUCUCCCCAGACACAGUGCUUCAACUUUAUCCGUGUCCUGGUCUCUCUCAACGCCACCCACCUAUAUACAUGUGGCACCUUCGCCUUCAGCCCCGCUUGUACCUUCAUCGAACUCCAAGAUUCCUACCUGAUGCCCAUCUCCCAGGACAAAGUUGUGGAGGGGAAAGGCCAAAGCCCCUUCGACCCCGCCCAUAAGCACACAGCUGUCUUGGCAGAUGGGAUGCUCUAUUCUGGCACCAUGAACAACUUCUUGGGCAGCGAGCCCAUCCUGAUCCGCACGCUGGGACCCCAGCCUGUCCUCAAGACCGACAACUUCCUCCGCUGGCUGCAGCCGGACGCCUCCUUCGUGGCAGCUAUCCCCUCGACCCACUUCGUCUACUUCUUCUUCGAGGAGACGGCCAGCGAGUUCGAGUUCUUCGAGAAGCUCCACACGUCCCGCGUGGCCAGAGUCUGCAAGAACGACGUGGGCGGAGACAAGCUGCUGCAGAAGAAGUGGACCACCUUCCUGAAGGCGCAGCUGCUCUGCGCGCAGCCGGGGCAGCUGCCUUUCAACGUCGUCCGCCACGCGGUGCUGCUGCCCGCCACUGCCUCCGCAGACGCCCGCGUCUACGCCACCUUCAGCUCCCAGUGGCAGAUCGGUGGGACCAGGAGCUCUGCCGUCUGUGCCUUCUCUCUCAAGGACUUCAGACGUGUCUUUGAGGGGAAGUACAAGGAGCUGAACAAAGAGACUUCACGCUGGACCACUUACGGGGUUCCCGAGAUCAGUCCCCGGCCAGGCAGCUGCUCCGUGGGCCCCUCCUCUGAUAAAGCCUUGACCUUCAUGAAGGACCAUUUCCUGAUGGACGAGCAGGUGGUGGGGACCCCCGUGCUGGUGAAGUCUGGCGUGGAGUACACGAGACUCGCGGUGGAGACAGUCCAGGGCGUCGAUGGGCACAGCCAUCUGGUCAUGUACCUGGGCACCACCACGGGGUCCCUCCACAAGGCUGUGGGGAGUGGGAACAACAGUGUCCAUCUGGUGGAGGAGAUCCAGCUGUUCCCUGAACCUGAACCUGUCCGCAACCUGCUGCUGGCCCCCGCACAGGGUGCAGUGUUUGCGGGCUCCUCAAGGGGCAUCUGGCGGGUCCCACGAGCCAACUGUAGCGUCUAUGAGAGCUGUGUGGACUGUGUCCUUGCCCGGGACCCCCACUGUGCCUGGGAUCCAGAGUCCCGGACCUGCCGCCUCCUGCCCACCCCCAUCCCGAAGUCCUGGAGGCAGGACAUGGAGCAAGGGAACCCACGGUUCGCCUGUGCCACUGGCCCCGUGGGCAGAAGCCGCCAGCCUCAGAGCCGCCCCGAAAUCAUUAAAGAAGUCCUGUCUGUCCCCAACUCCAUCGUGGAGCUCCCCUGCCCCCGCCUGUCAGCCCUGGCGUCUUACCGCUGGAGUCACGGCAAAGCGGCGGUCCCAGAGGCCUCUGCGGCGGUCUACAACGGCUCCCUGCUGCUGCUGCUGCAGGACGGGGCGGGGGGCCUGUACCAGUGCUGGGCCACAGAGAACGACUUUUCCUACCCUGUGGUCUCCUACUGGGUGCACAGCCAGGAUCAGCCCCUGGCCCUGGACCCCGAACUGGCGGGCAUCCCCCGGGAACGUGUGGAGGCCCCGUUGACCAGGGUCGGGGGCGGGGCCGCCCUGGCCGCCCAGCGGUCCUACUGGCCUCACUUCCUCACGGUCACUGUGCUCCUGGCCCUCGUGCUUUCUGGAGCCCUCCUCCUUCUCCUUGCCUCCCCGCUGGGGGCGCUCCGAGCCCGGGGCAAGGUGCGGGGCUGUGAGACCCUGCCUCCUGGGGAGAAGGCCCCCCUGAGCAGAAAGCAGCACCUCCAACCUCCCACGGACCACACGACCUCAGCCGGCGAGGAGGACGCGGACAACAACCAUCUGGGCUCUGAGGUGGCUUAAACUCUGGGCACAGACCGGGGCUGUAGGGUGGGCAGGGCGCCUGGCCAUGCCGGCUGCGGGGACCUGGGACUUGGUGGGGGAGUACCACGAAAGACCACCUUUUCCUGCCACUGUGUGCUACCAGGAGCCCUCAGCGGGGCUGGACACAGCGGCCUGACCCCCUGUGGGCCUUCCUUCCACCACGCACACAGGCUCUCCAGCUUGGCUGUUCCAGAACCCUCCGGCGGGGGGGGGGGGGGUUCCAGGACCCUGUGGUAAUAAACACCAACAUACAAACGGGACGGCACGCCAGUACCCCUGGCGACCCUACUCUGGUCGCAGCCGCCACCUCACCUCAGACGCCAGCGCCCCCCCCCCCCCCCGGGGAUCUGCAGGGAGAUGCGCCCUCCCCCUCCCUUGUCAACCAUGCACCGCUGACUCCCGGGAAGUCUUUCCAGAAGUCUGACCACCUUCCUUCUUGCUUCGGUUGGGGAGACCGUGAUCCCUGCUGGCCUGGCUGGAGUAACAGGGGUCAUCUGAGCCUUGUUCACUCCUUGGCUGUGGCUGACCCCUUGAUCUUUGUCCUCUCCCCUCCUUUAUUUUGGGAUUCAGAAAACUGCUUGUCACAGACAGUUUAUUUUUUAUUAAAAAGACAAAGCUUA